CCCUGGGGACGCACGUGGCGUGGACGGCGAUGGCGCUGCCGCAGCUGAUGUCUGCAGAGAGCGGCCUCCGCGCCCAGCCGCUGACGGCGGACCAGGCAUCCUGGGUGGCGUCGAUGCUGCCGCUCGGCGGUCUCUGCGUGCUGCCCCUGUUGGCCGCACUCAGCUCGCACGUCGACCGCAAGACACUCGGAUACCUCGCCGCGCCGCUACAGCUUGCGGCGUGCGUCGUCCUCAUGUCGUCCACCGAGGUCGCAGCUCUCUAUACCGCUAGGUUUCUGGCGAGCGUGCACGGCAUGUGCUCAGCACUGUUGGUGACGCUUUACGUGGGCGAGACUGCGAGCGACGGGGCGCGCGGCGCGCUCGGCUGCAUGCUGUCGCUACUCUGCAACUGCGGCAUACUUUGCGGCUACGUGCUGGGUGCCUGCCUGCCCUACCGCGCCGUCCUCUACGCCAACAUGGCGCCGCUCCUCCUGUACGUCAUCUGCUUCCCCUUCGUGCCUGAAACGCCGUACAAGCUGGCCAGCACCGGCCGCCAUCAGGACGCCAGAAAGGCGCUGCGGUGGCUCCGUCGCGGAAUCUCCGAGGAGGAGGUGGAGCGCCAGAUGGCGUGCAUCCAGGCCUCGCUGGACGCGGGCGGCGCCAAGCAGGGCCGGCCGCUGUGCGAGCUCCUGCGCUGCCGGGCCACCCUCGUGGCCGUCGCCAUCGUCCUCCUGCUGUUCCUCAACCAGCAGUUCUGCGGCACCUUCUGCGUCGACAGCUACGCAGUCUUCAUCUUCAACGAAGCUGGCGGCUCCCUGUCACCUAAGGCCGCAACCAUCAUCCUAGGCGUACUGCAGGUGGUUGGCGGCUUGCUGUCGGCGCCGCUGGUGGACCGCAUGGGCCGCCGCCCGACGCUGUUCCUCUCCAAUGCGGCCGUCGGCGCCUCAGUGGCGGUCAUGGGCGUGUACCUCUACCUGAAGGCGGAGACCCAGGCGGACCUGUCGAGCAUCGGCUGGCUGCCCGUCUCGUGCCUCUCAGUCUACGUGCUGAUGGUGGCCUUUGGUCUGGCCGCACUGCCGUACGUCGUGAUUGCCGAGAUCGUGCCUACGAGAAUUAGAGGCUUAAUUGCCACCUGCAGCUACUUCGUCAUCUCGCUCACAGGCGGCACCAUGGCCAAGCUGUACCCGCUCAUGUCGGAAAGCAUGGGCACCUACGGUACCUUCUGGCUCUUCGCUGCCGUGUGCGCCCUCUCCACCCUUAUUGAGUGGUUCGUACUGCCGGAAACAAAGGGUCGUCCCAUCGAGGACAUCCUCAGGGAGCUCAACGGUGGCAAGGAUGUCUAUGUCAGCAGUACUUAGUGAUCUACCGACCUCGCAAAUUGCGCCUUGUAACAUCAUAGAUCAGGCUCGUCCAAACUGUGCCCCUGGGACGCUAGCGCGUGGCCAGCGCCCCGGGCGAAUUCGUAUGUUGCUGCAGUGGC